AUGAGCUCACUAAGCUACUCCCUCCCUGCUAAAGAAGAGGAGGUCUGCUGGACGGAGAAAGAAGCCCCCGUGAAAGAGGAGGAAGAGGAGGCUGUUAUAGUUAAACAAGAAGUAGAGGACGAGACUGUUACAGUUAAGCAAGAAGUAGAGGGUGAGGCUGUUACAGUGAAAGAAGAGGAGAAAGACGUGAAAGAGGAAGAAUUUACAGUGAAAGAAGAGGAAGAAUCUUUUAGAGUGAAAGAGGAGGAUGCAGUUUUUGGAAUGGAGGAGGAGGAGGGGGAGAUUACUGUCACGUUGGAGGAGGAAGGGAAGACUGGAGAUCUGAUUAACACGAGAGAAAGACCAGACUCGGAGGAACCAGAGACGUCCAAACCAGCAAGACGACGCAACUGUUCUCACUGUGGAAAGGGUUUUAACCAUUUAAGGGACCUGAAACGACAUGAGAGAAUACACACAGGGGAGAAGCCUUUCCAAUGCUCCCAGUGUGGAAAAAGUUUUUCCUUGUUAGCGAGCCUGAAACGACACGAGAGGACGCACACAGGAGAGAAGCCUCAUCACUGCUCCCAGUGUGGAAAGAGUUUUACCCAGUUAGGACACCUGAAAGUGCACGAGAGGAUACACACAGGGGAGAAGCCCUACCACUGCUCCCAAUGUGGAAAGAGUUUUAACCGGAAAGAAUCCCUGAAAGAGCAUGAAAGAAUACACACAGUGCAGAAGCAAGAGAAACCGUACCACUGUUCCCACUGUGUAAAGGGUUUUAACCAGUUAGGGGACCUGAAAAUGCAUGAGAGAAUACAUACAUGCGAUAAAUCUUUCCAAUGCUUCCAGUGUGGAAAGAGUUUUUCCGCAUCAGGGUGCCUGAAAAGACAUGAGAGGACACACACAGGAGAAAAACCUCAUCACUGCUCCCAGUGUGGAAAGAGUUUUAACCGAAACGAACACCUGAAAGAGCAUGAGAGAAUACACACAGGAGACAAGCCCUACCACUGCUCCCAAUGUAAAAAGAGUUUUGCCUGGUUAGGACACAUGAGAAGACAUGAGAGAACACACACAGGAGAUAAGGAUGUAGGCUGCUGAACAGUGGGACACAGGAGAUAAGGAUGUAGGCUGCUGAACAGUGGGACAUUGGACAGAUAUAGGCUGAACAGUGAGACAUGGAACAGAUGUAGCCUGAACAGUGGGACAUGGGACAUAUGUAGGCUGAAGAGUGGAACAGAGGACAGAUGAAGGCCCAAUUAAUGGUGGGACAGAUGUAGGCUGAACAGUAGGACAUUGGACAGAUGUAGGCUGCUGAACAGUAGGACAUUGGACAGAUGUAGGCUGAACAGUGGGACAUAGGAUAGAUGAAGGCUGAACAGUGGGUCAUAGGAUAGAUGAAGGCUGAACAGUGGGACAUAGGAUAGAUGAAGGCUGAACAGUGGGACAUUGGACAGAUGUAAGCUGAACAGUGGGACAUAGGACAGAUGAAGGCUGAACAGUGGGACAUGGAACAGAUAAAGGCUGAACAGUGGGACACCGGACAGAUGUAGGCUGAACAGUGGGACAUAGGACACAUGUAGGCUGAACAGAGGACAGAUGUAGGCUGAACAGUGGGACACCGGACAGAUGUAGGCUGAACAGUGGGACAUGGAACAGAUAAAGGCUGAACAGUGGGACAUAGGACAGAUAUAGGCUGAACAGUGGGACAUGGAACAGAUAAAGGCUGAACAGUGGGUCACAGGACAGAUAUAGGCUGAACAGUGGGACAUGGAACAGAUAAAGGCUGAACAGUGGGACAUAGGACAGAUAUAGGCUGAACAGUGGGACAUGGAACAGAUAAAGGCUGAACAGUGGGACAGAGGACAGAUAAAGGCUGAACAGUGGGACUUAGGACAGAUAAAGGCUGAACAGUGGGACUUAGGACAGAUGAAGGCUGAACAGUGGGACAUUGGACAGAUGUAGGCUGAACAGUGGGACAUUGGACAGAUGUAGACUGAACAGUGGGACAGAUGUAGGCUGAACAGUGGGACAGAGGACAGAUGAAGGCUGAACAGUGGGACAUUGGACAGAUGUAGACUGAACAGUGGGACAGAUGUAGGCUGAACAGUGGGACAGAGGACAGAUGAAGGCUGAACAGUGGGACAUAGGAUAGAUGAAGGCUGAACAGUGGGACAUUGGACAGAUGUAGGCUGCUGAACAGUGGGACAUGGAACAGAUAAAGGCUGAACAGUGGGACAUAGGACAGAUGUAGGCUGAACAGUGGGACAUGGGACAGAUGUAGGCUGAACAGUGGGACAUGGAACAGAUAAAUGCUGAACAGUGGGACAGAGGACAGAUAAAGGCUGAACAGUGGGACAGAUGUAGGCUGAACAGUGGGACAUAGGACAGAUGAAGGCUGAACAGUGGGACAUAGGACAGAUGAAGGCUGAACAGUGGGACAUAGGACAGAUGUAGGCUGAACAGUGGGACAUUGGACAGAUGUAGGCUGCUGAACAGUGGGACAUGGAACAGAUGUAGGCUGAACAGUGGGACAGAGGACAGAUGUAGGCUGAACAGUGGGACAUUGGACAGAUGUAGGCUGCUGAACAGUAGGACAUUGGACAGAUGUAGGCUGAACAGUAGGACAGAGGACAGAUGAAGGCCCAAUUAAUGGUGGGACAUAGGACAGAUGUAGGCUGAACAGUAGGACAUUGGACAGAUGUAGGCUGAACAGUGGAACAGAGGACAGAUGAAGGCCCAAUUAAUGGUGGGACAGAUGUAGGCUGAACAGUGGAACUUAGGACACAUAUAGGCUGAACAGUAGGACAUAGGACAGAUGUAGGCUGAACAGUAGGACAUUGGACAGAUGUAGGCUGAACAGUAGGACAGAGGACAGAUGUAGCCUGAACAGUGGAACAUAGGACAGAUGUAGGCUGAACAGUGGGACAUUGGACAGAUGUAGGCUGCUGAACAGUAGGACAUUGGACAGAUGUAGGCUGAACAGUGGGACAUAGGAUAGAUGAAGGCUGAACAGUGGGUCAUAGGACAGAUGAAGGCUGAACAGUGGGACAGAUGUAGCCUGAACAGUGGGACAUGGGACAGAUGUAGGCUGCUGAACAGUAGGACAUAGGACAGAUGAAGGCCCAAUUAAUGGUGGGACAGAUGUAGGCUGAACAGUAGGACAUUGGACAGAUGUAGGCUGCUGAACAGUAGGACAUUGGACAGAUGUAGGCUGAACAGUGGGACAUAGGAUAGAUGAAGGCUGAACAGUGGGUCAUAGGACAGAUAAAGGCUGAACAGUGGAACAGAGGACAGAUGAAGGCUGAACAGUGGGACAUAGGACAGAUGUAGGCUGAACAGUGGGACAUAGGACAGAUGUAGGCUGAACAGUGGGACAUAGGACAGAUGUAGGCUGAACAGUGGGACAUAGGAUAGAUGUAGGCUGAACAGUGGGACAUAGGACAGAUGUAGGCUGAACAGUGGGACAUAGGACAGAUGUAGGCUGAACAGUGGGACACCGGACAGAUGUAGGCUGAACAGUGGGACAUAGGACAGAUGUAGGCUGAACAGUGGGACAUUGGACAGAUCUAGGCUGAACAGUGGGACAUUGGACAGAUAUAGGCUGAACAGUGGGACAUGGAACAGAUAAAGGCUGAACAGUGGGACUUAGGACAGAUGUAGGCUGAACAGUGGGACAUGGAACAGAUAAAGGCUGAACAGUGGGACUUAGGACAGAUAAAGGCUGAACAGUGGGACUUAGGACAGAUAUAGGCUGAACAGUGAGACAUGGAACAGAUAAAGGCUGAACAGUGGGACUUAGGACAGAUGUAGGCUGAACAGUGGGACAUGGGACAGAUGUAGGCUGAACAGUGGGACAUGGGACAGAUAAAGGCUGAACAGUAGGACAUAGGACAGAUAAAGGCUGAACAGUGGGACAUGGGACAGAUGUAGGCUGAACAGUGGGACAUGGGACAGAUAAAGGCUGAACAGUAGGACAUAGGACAGAUGUAGGCUGAACAGUGGGACAUGGGACAGAUGUAGGCUGAACAGUAGGACAUAGGACAGAUAAAGGCUGAACAGUGGGACUUAGGACAGAUGUAGGCUGAACAGUGGGACAUAGGACAUAUGAAGGCUGAACAGUGGGACAUGGAACAGAUAAAGGCUGAACAGUGGGACAUAGGACAGAUAUAGACUGCUGAACAGUAGGACAGAUGUAGACUGAACAGUGGGACAUAGGACAGAUGUAGACUACUGAACAGAGGACAGAUGUAGGCUGAACAGUGGGACAUAGGACAGAUGUAGACUGCUGAACAGAGGACAGAUGUAGGCUGAACAGUGGGACAUAGGACAGAUGUAGACUGCUGAACAGAGGACAGAUGUAGGCUGAACAGUGGGACAUUGGACAGAUGUAGGCUGAACAGUGGGACAUAGGACAGAUGUAGGCUGAACAGUGGGUCAUGGGACAGAUGUAGACUGAACAGUAGGACAGAUGUAGGCUGCUGAACAGUGGGACAUUGGACAGAUGUAGGCUGAACAGUGGGACAUAGGACAGAUGUAGGCUGAACAGUGGGUCAUGGGACAGAUGUAGACUGAACAGUAGGACAGAUGUAGGCUGCUGAACAGUGGGACAUUGGACAGAUAUAGGCUGAACAGUGGAAAAGAGGACAGAUGAAGACCCAAUUAAUGAUGGGACAGUAGUCCCCAAACACACCUUCAUGUCUUAAAGUAAUGAUGGACUGUCGUUUCCCUUUGCUUAUUUGAGCUGUUCUUGCCAUAAUAUGGACUUGGUCUUUUACCCAAUAGGGCUAUCUUCUGUAUACCCCCCCUACCUUGUCACAACACAACUGAUUGGCUCAAAACGCAUGAAGACAUUUCACAAAUGAACUUUUAACAAGGCACACCUGUUAAUUGAAAUGCAUUCCAGGUGACUUCCUCAUGAAGCUGGUCGAGUCAUCAAAGGCAAAGGCUGGCUACUUCGAAGAAUCUAAAAUAUAUUUUGAUUUGUUUAACACUUUUUUUUUGGUUACUACAUGAUUCCAUAUCUGUUAUUUUAUAGUGU